AUGGGCAAGGCUAGGCAAACUCGGAAGUUUGCAGCAAUGAAGCGAAUGAUAUCACUAACAGACUCACGAAUUAAAAAGCAAAAUAGGCUGAAAAAAGUUACUCCUUUCAAGCAAGAUACCUCACAUCACAUAUCGGUAAAACACAAUGCUGAGGUGUUUCCGUGCCUUAAGGAUUCAUAUAACGAAGCCCUUGGACCACCUUACCAUAUACUUUUAGAUACGAAUUAUGUCAACUUUUCCAUCAAAAAUCGACUGGAUCUUUUCAAGUCAAUGAUGGAUUGUUUACUAGCAAAAUGUUUUCUAUAUGUUACAGAUUGUGUUAUGGGGGAAAUAGAAAAAAUGUCAGAGAGAUAUCGAGUGGCUUUAAAAAUUCUUCGUGAUGAGAGAAUUCAAAGGUUGACUUGCCAACACAGAGGAACAUAUGCUGAUGAUUGUCUAGUCGAGCGCUGCAAAUCCCGUUGUUAUAUCGUUGCUACUUGUGAUCGUGACUUAAGGCGUCGUAUCCGAAAAAUAACUGGAGUACCCAUAAUGUAUAUACAUGGACAUCGUGUUGUAGUUGAAAAAAUGCCUAUGGCAUUGGGAGCCCCAAAGCUAUAAGUAUUUUAUAGAGGUGUAGCAUUUGAACAAAAUAAACUGUACAAAUAUUUUGUAUAAACUUUUGACUUUUAUUGUACGAGAAUACAUUUAUUUACUAACUCA